AUGGGGGACUGGGAAAUGCUUAGCCGCCUGCUGGAUAAGGUGCAGAGCCAUUCCACAGUCAUUGGCAAAGUCUGGCUCACAGUACUUUUUGUUUUCCGUAUCCUGGUCCUGGGCAUCGGCAUAGACAAGGUGUGGGGAGAUGAGCAAUCUGACUUUGUCUGUAACACAAGGCAGCCGGGCUGUAAGGCCGUCUGCUACGACCGUGCCUUCCCCAUCUCUCACGUCCGCUUUUGGGCCUUCCAGAUUAUCUCUGUGGCAACACCGACACUAGUCUACCUCGGUUACGUCCUUCAUGUGAUUCACAUUGAGAAAAAGGUGAGGGAAAGGAUGAAGAAACAUGCGGUCCUGGAUGACCCUGCCGCUCUGCUCCUUAGAAAGGGUUACAAAGUUCCCAAGUACAGCAACAGCAGCGGUAAGAUCAGCCUCCGUGGACGUCUGCUUCGCAUUUACGUCCUCCAUCUUGUGGCCAAGAUUCUGCUGGAAGUCGGGUACAUCGUGGGUCAGUACUUUCUGUACGGCCUCACUCUCCAUACAAGCUAUGUCUGCAGCCAGUUCCCCUGCCCACAUCUAGUGGACUGCUUCCUCUCCCGGCCCACAGAGAAAUCCGUCUUUAUCUGGUUCAUGCUGGUUGUGGCAUGCAUCUCCUUACUCCUCAGCCUGAUUGAACUGCUGUACCUAUGUGUUAAAGCUGUGAAGGAGAAUCUGGGAAGGAGGCAGGACUACACCGUGACCCCAGUGACCCCUCCGAUCACAGAGAGGAAGGCCUUCAAGAAUGAAGACCACGUGAUCCAGAACUGGAUCAAUCUCACCAACGAGGUGACAGGUGGGACUGAAAGUGGGGCAAAUGAGGUUACAAAGAGCGUGUCGUCUGAGGAGAACCACAUGAGGGAGAUUCAAAUCUGA